AUGCCUCUUUGUGGGUGGUUUCAUCGCUCUUGUGCAGGGAGCGGCGGAGCCCGUCGUCGCCAUGUUUAUUGGCACCUGUUUCGAUGUCAUCAAGACGGCUCCCGCCGACGUGGUGCUCGAGGAGAUGCAGACGCCUUUGCUCUCCAUGGCAGUUCUCGCGUUGUCCGUUUUUUUCCUCGCUUUCCUGUGGCAGACGCUCCUGAUGCUCGCCGCAAGCCAGCAGGCUCUGCGCUGGCAGGUCCGGUACCUCAAAUCCUUGCUCUCUUUAGACAUCACGUGGUUCGACGAGAGUGA